UCAAGAGCUCUUCCAACAUUGAGAUUCUGUAACAGUGACAGGGCUGUAUGAAGAGGCCCUUAUGGUUCCCAGGAUUUCUGAGUCUUGGUUUGCAUCUCUGUGGCAGGUCCAAGGAGCUGGGGUAAUUUCUCAAAAUGUUGGUCCUUUGCCUCACUGACCUGGGGAAGCGGGGGAGGGGAGGAAGGACAAUUGUGUGGGGUUAGUGCCUCUAAGGGCUCCUGGUGGCACAGUGGUUAAGUGCUCGACUGCUAACUGAAAGGUCAGCAGUUCAAACUCACCAGCCACUCUGUGGGACAAAGAUGUGACAGUCUGCUUCCGUAAAGAUUACAGCCUUGGAAACCCUAUGGAGCAGUUCUACUGUGUCCUAUAGGCUCACUAUGAGUCAGAAUCCACUGAAUGACAAUGGGUAAGUAGGGAAGUGUGUAAGUGAGUAUAGUGCCCUCUAAUGGUCAGUAUCAACACUUCAUCCAGCUGCCCCACUCCGGACCAGGCAGUGGGAUGGUGGGAGAACCGAGGCCAGAGGCCAAAGCUGAGUCUGCUCUUGUCCCCCUUUCCCAAUACACACAUUCUCUCUGUCAGGUGGAGGGGAGUAGUGCAGGCAGAAGGGAAGGGAUGGAGAGGGGGGAAAGGGUCUGCUCCCAAGGAACAGCCAUUUUAACACAGCCUCCCUUUGGUGGACCAGGCUGGGCCCUCCUCCCCAUGGCAGACAACCCUACAUUGCCUUGGACUCAGUCAGUUAUUACUCCUUUCUACCCCUCCCCUUAAAACAGGGACAGAUUGGGUGGUCCUUUCAAGCUGAGAGCGUGAGUGCGGAAGCCUCACAGGACUGGUGACAGUGGGGAGGGGAAGAUGACAAGCCCAGGGGACCUGACCCCAGGAGCGGGGGGUGUAGUGAGGGUAACGACCACCCAGGGGCAAUCUCCUAAGUUGCGCCCCCCCAAUUUCAAGAUGGAUAGAUGUUGAUAGCAGCAAUGCAUCAGCAGAAACACUGUCCGCCCCUCUUGUCCAACUGCCUCAGUCAGGCGCCUUUCAUAUUUGUGACGCCUGAGAAUGUCAUUCCACACCUCGUCUGGAGCCCCCUUGGACUUGGACUUGUACCCAGGGGCCAAGUGCCCCCCUCUAUCCCCCUCCCUCACUACGCCUCUGCCCAGGAGAGGAGCUGGAACAGGACGAGUGGGAGGAGGUUCUAAAUUAUCCAUCAGCCAUUAGCACAGGGCCUUCCAUGGCCCCAUACAUAAAUGUAUAGAGAAAACAGCUGGGGGCAGGGGCAGAGAGAGAAGGGGCCAGGGUAUAAAAAGGGCCCAUGAGGGACUGAUUCCACGAUCCCAGGACCCAGCUCCCCAAACAGCUAACCCAGCUGCGAUGGCUGCAGGUGAGUGCCCCGAAAAUCCCUUUGGGCUUGGGGUGUACUGAGGGAGAUGGUGGGCCUUGCGGAUAGGAUGGGGGCACUAACUCUGGGGUUUGGGGCUUCUGGAUGUGAGCACAGGCAUCUCCGCCCAGACUUUUGGCCAAGUUUUAAAUGUUCUCCAUCCCUGGGGGGUAGAGGAGGAGAACAGAAAAUCUCCUGGGGAAGGGGGAGAGAUGGCAUGGUACCUCGCCUCUUGCCCUCCAGCCCUCCCUGGCCCUUGUGUCCCUCUCUAGGCUCCCGGACCUCCCUGCUCCUGGCCUUCACCCUGCUCUGCCAGCCCUGGCCUCCGGAGGCGGACGCCUUCCCCGCCAUGCCCUUGUCCAGCCUGUUUGCCAAUGCCGUGCUCCGGGCCCAGCACCUGCACCAGCUUGCCGCUGACACCUACAAGGAGUUUGAGCGCGCCUACAUCCCUGAGGGCCAGAGGUACUCCAUCCAGAAUGCUCAGGCUGCCUUCUGCUUCUCGGAGACCAUCCCAGCCCCCACAGGCAAGGAUGAGGCCCAGCAGAGAUCCGACGUGGAGCUGCUGCGCUUCUCCCUGCUGCUCAUCCAGUCGUGGCUCGGGCCAGUGCAGUUCCUCAGCAGGGUCUUCACCAACAGCCUGGUGUUCGGCACCUCGGACCGUGUCUACGAGAAGCUGAAGGACCUGGAGGAAGGCAUCCAGGCCCUGAUGCGGGAGCUGGAAGAUGGCAGCCCCCGCCCUGGGCAGGUCCUCAAGCAAACCUACGACAAGUUUGACACAAACAUGCGCAGUGAUGAUGCACUGCUCAAGAACUACGGGCUACUGUCCUGCUUCAAGAAGGACCUGCACAAGGCAGAGACGUACCUGCGGGUCAUGAAGUGUCGCCGCUUUGUGGAAAGCAGCUGUGCCUUCUAGCUGCUGGGCAUCUAUUACCCGUCCCCAGACACCCCUGUACCCUGAAGAGUGCCCCUCCUCAUGUCCCCCGCCCUUUUCCUAAUAAAAUAAAGUUGCAUCGUAUUGUCUG